CCUUGACUGAAUCAUGAACGCUCUGAUUUUCGCUUUAUUUAUCAGUUUAUCUAUUUCUUGUUUGGAGUUUGUGAAAGCAUAUUCGGGGCCACAUGUAUGCUACAGGCAUGUGCCAAAACAUAGAACCAGAUACACGUCGUGUGGAUUUUGGGGAUGGCGCCGAUGCACAAUAAUUAAUUACUUCUAUGUAAGCGAAAACUUUUGCUGUUCAGGCUGGACUGCGGACGGCUUUGGAUCCUGUAGAAUACCAAUAUGCAGAACACCAUGCAACAACGGAGGGACCUGCAUUGCCCCAGACCGAUGUAAGUGUCUUCCAUCCCAUGAUGAUGAAAGAUACUGCAUCAAUGUCCAAUGCUCACACCUCCACCCGUGUUUUCCUGGAGUCUGCACAUCGUCAUACAACUGUAGUUGUAUAGAUGGAUGGCAAGGGUCAGACUGCCUCACAUUUACGAUUGGGAAGAACAUGCCAAAAUUGCUUUCCUGCGAUGUAACUUUGAGAGAUGACAGGAGAACCGAUUUAAAGAACCUUUUCUACAUUAAUGCACAGUGUGCUACAGACAAUGCGCCGAUCUGGAGUAACCAGGAGAACUUCAAUUAUGUCAGUUUGCAACUUCAAGCCAUUUUUCAACCGAUGUAUACGACCUUCCCCUCAGAAAAUUAUGUUUCCAAAUCAGGUUUCGGAAUCGUGUCAAGCAACGCCCAUGUCGUUCAUAGGAAAGUUAACAAGGACCAAAGUGGCACCCCUUUAAUCGCUUACAAUCACACGUUCAACUGCUCUCAAGUCUCAAACACGAAUCCGUUGUUUGAUUUGAACUGCACCCUUACACAAAGCGACUACAUAUACAGUAUUGAACAUGGAGACAACUUUACCGUGACGUUCAACGUAAAAAGUGGUGGGUUCCGGAACCUGCACGACAUCAACUUUAAUAGAUUUUACACAACCAAUGUGUUUUAUGGUCAUACAGUGUCGGACACAGUAGAGUUCAAAUUUGACUUUGUAGCCCCAAAGCAUUGUUCCGAACAAGACUCUGGAAGAAUGUGUAUACCGGGAGAGGAACCAAUCACAGUCUAUGAAGAUCUUACUAAGAAUCCCAUAACACCACGAUGGUCCGGAUGGUUCGACACUCUUUCUGGACUCCUUGAAUACAGACUUGAGGCAUAUCUCCUUGAGCCCAAUAUUCAUGACGAGCUCAUUGAGCUAAAUCCACUGUCUCCUGUUUUCACCUACACUGAAAACAAUACCAACAACGUCGAAUUUCCGACAUUUACUCCUCCGAGGUCGGGGAUGUUUUCCGUCUUACUUACAGCCGCCGAUAGAGCUAACAAUACAAAGAUUGCAAGACGUCUGGUCUUGUUUGACGACUCGUCUGAAAUAACAAUUACAAAACCUGGUCUUUUUAUGAAAAUGCCUGACGUCAAUGAUGUUGAACAGAUGGUCGUUGGAGACGGGGGCUUAUAUAUUGUCAGUGCAAUAAAGGAGACUGGAUUUAUGUGGCAAACAUCGGUAAAUGAUUCAAAAUCACGGAUUGAAAUCAACUGGGAAAAUCACUUCAUAAAUAAAUUACACGACAAUGGAAAACUUCUGAAUAAAGUAUUACCUUACCCGACACAAUUUCAAGACUUGGAAGAUGAUCGAAUUCUCAGAAGCAAAAAAUACGUUGCUAUCGAUGACAAUGAGGGCGAAAGAACAUUGAAAGCUAUACCUAAUAAGCAUGGACUGGUGAAAUUUGAACUCAAUCCUGUUUUUACUGACGACAAACAGAUACCGGUGUCUAAAUGGGAGCAUAUACCGUUGGAGGAGAGUUAUGUAAUCUUGGAGCAACUCAACGACGGGAGUCACGUUAGGGUUUGGCUGCGUGCGACUGACGUCAUGAACAAAACAGCUGUUGAUUACACUGAAGUUCAUGUCGACAACACACCACCGAGAAUCUCACAUCAACAACUUAUGGAAAACGUUAUAAAUGGGACAUAUACGUAUACAUCGAGAGUGACAUUUCGAGCAUCAGACGACGGAAGCGGUGUUCAUAAGUUGCAAAUGACCCUUUAUGUCGGCAAUAGCUCUAUACCAAAGAAAAUACACUCUGUUUCAGCAAAUAGAAACGACACUGCAGGAAUCUGUGACAAAGACCCAUUGUGUAACUGUGUUCUGGAUGUGUGCUACCGCGUUGAACAGACAAUUAAUUUUGACAACUGCUGGUUUCUCGUCCCAAAAGAAGACCUUAAUAAAUCGGGAAUAUUACAAGUGACUACGUUCAACCAGGCUUUGCUUACAAGAACAUUCAACUUGACGAUCACACACUUGAAUAGAUUAAAUGGCCUUGAAGAGUAUUCAGGACCAACGAACAUUCGAAUUGAAGAUAGAUUGCCAAAUGGAGCCCGCCUCACUUGGGAUAUACCUGAGACACCCUCAUGCUACGGCAGGGUGGAGAUAGCGUUGGUCGUCUAUAUUGGCAAUGAACAAACACGAGUGAUACAGGUUAACAGCGAGCAGACUUCAGUUGACAUUGUCGGCUUGGAUCCAGACCAAGAGUAUAGCGUGUCUCUGAAUGUUGGAUUCGAGGGGACAAAACUUGCUGCUUUACCAUACACAUUUAAAACUGCGGAGAAAGAAAAUCAUCUGGACGGAGGUAUAAUUGUCGGCAUUGUUGUAAGUGUACUGAUUAUAAUCGGACUGUUGGUGGCAAUUUUUGUGGUCAUGUUACGAAGAGGCCAUAUGCAGCCGGUACGACGAGGACUCCAUGCAGUGUCGGUCAAGUAUAGGAGAACAAUGGCCGGCUAUGACUUUUCCAGAAAAAACACACGGUCUUUUGCAAACUCUAUGUACAUGAACGGUAACAUGAACCUCUCAGACCUCGACUCUUGGCAACUAGCUCGUGAUGACGUCAGCCUGCAAAGUAUUGUGAAGUCAGGUUCGUUUGCAGACAUUUACACGGCUACCAUCGCAAACAACAGCAACACUGCGGUGGCGAAGGUUCUUAAAAAUGGAUUUACAAAACAAGACGAACAUCUAAUGAAAGCCAAAAUCAAUUUCUAUUCUACCGUUGUUGGAAAGCAUGAAAAUGUAAUCAAGUUUAUUGGAGCAGUUGUCGACGACACAAGAAAUGUAAUCAAGUUUAUUGGAGCAGUUGUCGACGACACAAGUAUUGGACCGUUCAUGUUACUUGAAUACUGCACCAACGGGCAACUUAGUGACUAUCUUCAGACAAUGAAAUCCAACAUCACCUUGGAGACGCAGGAAAUAUUAUACAGGUUUGGCCUUGGUGUAGCCCGUGGCAUGGAAUACUUAGCUGGAAAAGAGAUUGUCCAUCGGCGACUGGCAGCACGGAAUAUUCUACUGGACAGCUCUCUUGAAGUUAAGAUAACUGGAUUUGGACCCAUGGAUGUGGAUGAAGACAGUGGAAAACAGGAGCGUAUUCCUAUCAAGUGGAUGGCUCCCGAGUGUUUGAAGACAACAAAGAAUGCCACAGAGAAAAAUGAUAUUUGGUCAUACGGCGUCUUGUUAUGGGAAAUAUUCUCUGUCGGUGAUGCACCCUACGAAAAUGUUCGAGGAAAGGAAAUCCCAGCAAAGCUGAAAUCUGGUUACAGGCUUCCAAAACCAGAACAUUGUGACGACAAGUGGUACGGAGUCAUGACGCGAUGUUGGCAAACCGACCAAAAUAAACGCCCGACAUUCAAGACCAUAAGAGGAGAACUGGACGAGAUGUUUGUGGCCGCGCCUCAAGACGACUACUACUUCUAUAGAAAAUAGAGUAUGACGAUGAGAAUGAUGGGGCAAAUUAUAUAUGUCGGACACUUAUGUCGAGUUAUGGGGUUGAAUAAUAUGGAUUUAUAGUACAACUGCAGUUUUGUUCUGUUUAUUACUAGAGUCAUGGUUUUUAAUUUGUGACGUAGUUUGCUUAAAUGAGUCAUGAUGAGAAUGGUUAUCAUUUUAACGAUGACAGUAAAACAAUUGGUAGAUUAUAUCAUUGUGUAAAAUUAAAUAAGAGCAACCAUUUUAAUACUUUAAAAUAUCUAUUUCUCCUCCUGAUAAGCCUCAUUAACUUGCAAGAAAUAGAAAUGUUUUUUUUUUUCUUCACAUGACUUAUUUUCACCUACUGCGAUACAUUAUAAGUAGUUCAUUUAUGAUGUUGGCAAGCAAUUAAAAUAAAUUAAUGUUUGAUAGUAACGGAUGUUGAAUUGAUUACAUAUAUGACAGUUUGCUUAGUAGACAUUACAAUUAUAUUAGCAACUUUUUAAGCACAUUGGGUGGUAGACAUUACAAUUAUAAUAGCCCUGUUUAACAUUGUAUAUCUAACCAUUGUUGUGUAGUUAAGUAUUAUCACUAAUCAUGUUGCGAAAUAAUACCAGAAAUUAAUAUUUGACCAUUCAAACAUUGCUGUAUACACUGUACAUUGUAUAUUAUACACUAUCAUGAAUUCAUGCUUAAGUAAUAUCAAUUAUAAAGUUGUUAAACAAUUUUGGUUAGUAAUAUUUGACCAUAUAACUGCUUGAAAGAUUGCAUAUAUCUUAUAGUAUUUUUAAAUGCAUAGAGUAAUAAUUAUUAAACGUAUACUAGGCCUGUCCUACUUUGUAUAUCAUAUAGUAUCAAUGUAUUCUAUUCAGAGAUUAUCACUAAUUGAGUUGCAAAACUAAAACAGAAUGUAGUAUCUGAACAUACACAUAUUGAAAACAUGUAUUCCCGAAAUGAAUUCAACCAACACUAUGUCGAUGCAAACACAAUAUGUAAAGAACAAUCAUAUUACAUUACAAUUGUUUUCAUAGUAUAUAUGAGUGAUUAUGGUGUUGUAAAUGUUCCUGCUUUUUACUUACUUUGAAGUCAAAUUAAACGGCUGAAUGGUUCAUCAGAA